AUGACUGUCGCUUAUUUCGCAAUUAUCUUUAUUGGUUGCACCCAAUUUAUGGCAAUUGACGCUCAGAAUUAUACUUGCAGCAAUGGGCAGGUGACGCAAAUUGUAUGCAAACAGCGAGGCCAGAAAACCUUAUGCCCAGCUGCCUACUACGGUAUUUGCGAAUCGCUAAACGGGACGAAUAUUUGCUGUCCCGUGGCGAACCGGCGGUUUGAGAAAAUUCGCAAAAAUGACAAAAAUACGACGGCAGAAGCGCUGGAACAAUCCAAGGACCUUACCGUAACCCUGAUGCCCUCAAAAAAUCUGACGGCACCGAUUAAAGAAUCCAUACAAAACGUCACUUUUACUCCAACGAGUACAACGUCUUCAAGGAACUCCACCCAAACUGUGGCCGUUAAGCCGCCCAAGGUAAACUUCACGCUGUCGCAGCUCAACUUCAGCAAGCUGGCGCCGAACAGUCUGGAAGAGAUUCUUUUGACCACGGACCUGUUGUUGCCAAAGCUGAAGUCAGUAGGGCCCGAGGAUUUGGUGGUGUCGUUGUCAAAGAGGUUAAUUCGAGGCACCUGCUUCGAUCGCUACGUCUACUGCGCCGAGUUCGAGAGCCUUUGCGCCCAUUCGACUUUUGAGAUGGUGAUGGCCCGAAAAUGCGCGCUAACGUGUGAUCGUUGCAAUGAGAUGCCACCGGAAAAGACCAGCAACGCGACGAAAUGUGCCGACUUCUCAUCAGAAUGCCCGGACAAUGCGCAUCUCUGCGAAUCGCCGGUACAUAGACUAACAAUGCAUACGAUGUGCCCACGGACCUGCAAAGUCUGCACCCCAUUUUGCAUGGAUCGUCAUGAUAAUUGCGCAGCGUACGGUGAGGAGGGCUUCUGCUCGGAUCCGAUGUAUCGACAGGCCGAAAAGGAGUAUCUAUGUGGAGAUACAUGCAAAUUGUGUGGGACGGCCAAGGCAGCAAGCGCCGAGUCGAAGCUGCCUGAGCUGAAGCAUGUUCUUCGCCAUCAUCGCAGC